AUGGCGGACGCAGCCAAGACCACUGCCCGCGGCUGGCUGGCGUUGGCCGGCGCGGCGGUGGCGCUUUUCUGCACCGUCGGCUUUCUCAACGCGUUUGGCGUCUUCCAGGAAUACUAUUCGACGUUUCUCGACCGUAAUCCUUCUGAUAUAUCAUGGAUAGGGUCGCUGUCUAUUUUCCUGCUCUACUCCAUCUCGCCCUUUGGCGGCCUGCUUGUCGACCGGGUCGGGCCCACGCUACCCCUGUGCGCGGGCAGCGCGGGUCUGCUGCUGGCCCUGUUUAUGACCUCGCUGUGCACGCAGUACUGGCAGCUCAUGCUGGCCCAGGCCCUGCUCCUGGGUGCCAGCGCGUCGCUAGUCUUUUGCCCGCCGCUAGGAGUGGUGCUGCGCCACAUGCCGCACCGCCGGGGCCUGGCCAUGGGCCUAACCAUUGGCGGCUCCUCCAUCGGCGGCAUCGUGUGGCCCAUUAUGCUGCAGCGCCUACUCAACAAUUCGGCCCUGGGUUUCGGUUGGACCAUUCGUGCCGUCGCCUUCACCAUGAUGCCCCUACUGGCGUUCGCCUGCCUCGCCGUCAGGGAGCCGCCCAAGAAGCCUGCGUCGGAGCCGCCCACCAGCGCGGCCGUCAAGGCCGACAACCGAGUCCCCGUUUCCGACAACUCGGACACGGCAGAGCCCGUCCCCGAAAAGGAGGUCCCGAGCAAGACGGCGUUCCUCAAGCAGAUGACCUACAUACUCCUCUGCUCGGGGCUCUCCUUGGCCUACCUGGGACUCUUCACCCCGCUCUUCUACGUAUCAAAGUACGCCAUCGCCCAGGGCCAGUCGAAAUCGACGGCUUUCUACCUCCUGUCGGCCGUGAACGCGUCCUCGUUCUUUGGCCGGGUGCUGCCGGGCUACAUAGCCGACACGUUUGGCCACUACAACCUGCUAAUCCUCUCCACCCUCUUGUCGGGCGUCGUUGGCUUCACCUGGACUCAGGCCAGCAGCUUGCCAGGGCUGACCGUAUGGGCCUUGGCCUAUGGCUUCACCUCGGGCGCCGUCAUGAGCCUGCAGAACGCGUGCGCCAGCAAGAUGGCGCCCCCGCAGGUGCAGGGCCUCGCCGUCGGCGUGCUGAUGGGCGUCCUCUCCAUCUCUGCGCUUAUCGGCACGCCCAUCAGCGGGCAGAUCCUCACCCACUCGGGGUACGUCGCCUUGUCCGCCUGGACCGGUGCUACCCUGGUCGCGGGAGGUGUAGUGAUUGGUGUCGCGAGGCUACUGAAGUAUCCUAAGCUCAUGACUGCUUUCUAAUCAAGUCGAGGUGGCCAAAUUACCUCGUCCAACGGGGAUUGAAAGGGUGUGGAAAUAUGGAUUGAUAAUAGCUGGGACUAACUGGAGAAAGAUGCGAGCCGAGG